AUGGAAUCUAAGUUAAGAUCGCUCGAAGAUACUCACUCCCAGAACCUAGCAACAGUGUUCUCGCAACAUAGCAAAGAGAUUGAGGAAAUCAAGGCAAAUGCUUCAAAGCUCAAAGAAGGUGGAACGAAUGAAGCGGCGCACCAAGAACUACAGAUGUUGCAACAAGCGAUGGACGAUACUAUGCAAGAGUUGGCAGAACAACAACGGGCCAUAGAAAAGGAAGCUGAAAAAAGAGUUCACCGGUUGGUAGACACGUUGCUUAAGGUAAGCACUGAUCGUCUACAUGAGUUUGUUUUCAGCCUUGAGUCCCCAGUCUACUCGAAUACGGACAUUCCAACUGCAGAAUACCUGAGUAUUUUGUUGGAGAGAGUCUCUCACUUGAGUACUCAGUUUUCCACCAGCAUGACAGAUUACAUCGCAGACAAUAUGAGGGGAGAAAAUGAGAGUGGCCUUAUCAAAAUUCUCAUAGAGUUUACUGAUUCGAUAGGUAAUCUGUUUUCAAAUGUAAAGGCGGUUCUUCGUGAUCGUAAGGACGAUGUGCAGGAGAUUCUCGUUGAAGGGUCAAAAGACCUAGCUCACAUGGUUGAGCUAUUCUUCGAGUCAAUGCUUAGCAAUCAUUUGUCAGAAAUGAAUAUUGAGGAAAGUACUGACAGAGUCAUCACAGGCAACAUCAAUGUACAAGAAGUCCUUCAGAGCUUGAUGCAGGUCGUCGAAGUAUUUAGAGACCCUGGUAGAGCCUCUGUAUCCUCCGACGAACUUGGUUCUAUCUUGGAUAAGGAACUUGCAAACACACAAGCAGCAGUUGAGAAAGCAGCUGGCUUACUUGACUCAAUGUCAACCCGCCACAAACUGAAGGUUCAGGAGGAUGGUUCACUUGAGGUGAACGAAGCAAUCAUCUCUUGCGCCAGUGCUAUCAUAAAUGCUGUCAGAUUGCUGCUGAAAGCUUGCAUGGAAGCACAGGAAGAAAUUGUUUCUCGUGGAAAGGGAUCUAUGUCAAGAGCUCUAUUCUACAAAAAGAAUAAUCGCUGGACCGAAGGUUUGAUAUCUGCCUCCAAACAAGUCGCUUACGCUACCGGUAUACUCAUUAGAAUGGCAGAUGGUGUCUUAGCCGGAACAAGCUCAAGUGAGGAGCUAAUUGUUGCAUCUAAUGAGGUUGCGUCUGCUACAGCGCAGCUAGUCUCAUCUUCCCGUGUCAAGUCGGAUUUGAUGUCACAAAGCCAUCUAAACCUGGAGGAUGCAUCGAGGAAAGUCACCUCCUCAUGCAAAAUGCUGGUCACCAAGGUCAGAAGUCUUUUGCUUCCUGACGACAGCUACAACACGGUUGAUUACUCCCAACUCACCGCUCACGAGAACAGAACAGCGGAGCUUGAACAGCAGGUUGAGAUACUCAAACUAGAAAGCGCACUUUCCCACGCUAGGAAACGCUUGGGUGAUAUUAGAAAGUUCAGCUACAAAGAUGAAGAAUCCUGA